GUGUCUGGAUAGUCGAGGAAACUGAAGGGGGUUCCUCUCUAAGUGGCUAACAGUAGCUAGCCGGCUAAUCUCCUGGAUAACGCAGAUGUGUUUGUUUUAAGUUUCCUCGUUCAGUGUUCGUGUCUUGUGUGUGUGUUGCGGUGACUUUGUGACGUCAGUGACGCAGACACCGGAGGUCACGCUUUAAACACGCUGCUGGAUGUUUGUCCACUGUUGCUUCCUCCCGGGGAUGCUAGCAGAUAAGCAAGCCAGCUAAGCUAGAAAAAACCCUCCCAAAAAGUAGCCACAGUAGCAGCACUUGUGCACGGAUGCUUUGAGAAGCAACGAAGCGGGUUUUUGGGGAGUUUGUAGCCGGGCCUCGCAUCAUGUCAGGCGGCCGGCCGCAGCAGAGCUCGGUGCCCAGCACCAGCAGCAGCAGCAGUACGGGAGGCACCGGGAGCAACGCCGUCCCGAGUAAUGGAAACAACGCUGCAAAUGUUGUGCCCUCCAGGACCCUGGCAGCAGCAGCCGGAGAGGGCACCGGCUUGUCGGUGCCAACUUUGGCCGCCGUGCCCUCGUCCCGGGCCGGGUUUGCUUCUCUGAGCAGACCGACAGCGACCUCAGGGAGCAGGAAGAAAUCUCUCCACCAAGCACCUCUUUACAACGGCCUCCUGAACUCUUACGAGGAUAAAAGCAACGACUUUGUCUGUCCCAUCUGCUUUGAGAUGAUUGAGGAGGCACACAUGACAAAGUGUGGCCACAGCUUCUGUUUCAAGUGUAUCCGUCAGAGUCUGGAGGACAGCAACAGAUGUCCAAAGUGUAACUAUAUCGUCGAUAACGUGGAUCAGCUUUACCCAAACUUUCUCGUAAAUGAACUGAUCCUUAAACAGAAGCAAAGGUCAGAGGAGAAAAGAUUAAAAUUAGAUCAUCCUAACGGCUCCAGGUGGCAGGUGUUUCAGGACGUGUUGAGUCCUGACCAGGAGAACUUGGACCUGGCUAAUGUCAAUCUGAUGCUGGAGCUCCUGGUCCAGAAGAAGAAGCAGCUGGAGGCGGAAUCUCAAGCAGCUCAGAGACAGAUCCUCAUGGAGUUCCUGAAAGAAGCCAGAAGAAACAAGAGAGAGCAACUGGAGCAACUACAGAAAGAACUCAGCUUCCUUGAAGAUGACAUCAAGCGUGUCGAGGAAAUGAGUGGGCUGUACUCUCCCAUGAUGGAGGCCGAGUGCACGGUUCCUAAUGUGGAGGCUCCCUCUCCAGCUCCCAGCUGUAGUAGUAUUAUUGAUCCACCAGACUACAGCCAGCCUCCUGGAUUUGGUGGAGCAACCCAGGGCAAGAGACAGACGUGGUACAACAGCACGCUGGCGUCGAGGAGGAAGAGGCUGACGGCUCAUUUUGAAGAUCUGGAGCAGUGCUACUUCUCCAAUAAGAUGUCACGCAUCACAGAUGAAGGCAGGAAUCUGAACCAGCUCGAUGAUUUCAUGGAGUGUCUGUCCAAGUUUACUCGUUACAACUCUGUGAGGCCGCUCGCCACCCUCUCCUACGCCAGUGACCUCUACAACGGCUCCAGUAUUGUUUCCAGUAUCGAGUUUGACCGUGACUGUGACUACUUUGCCAUCGCUGGUGUGACCAAGAAGAUCAAAGUGUUUGAGUAUGGCACGGUGAUCCAGGACGCAGUGGACAUCCACUACCCCGUUAAUGAGAUGACCUGCAACUCUAAAAUCAGCUGUAUCAGCUGGAGCAGCUAUCACAAGAACCUCCUGGCCAGCAGUGACUACGAGGGGACUGUGAUCCUGUGGGACGGGUUCACCGGCCAGAGGUCCAAAGUCUACCAGGAGCAUGAAAAAAGAUGUUGGAGCGUUGACUUCAAUCUGAUGGACCCAAAGCUGUUAGCCUCGGGCUCUGACGAUGCUAAAGUGAAGUUAUGGUCCACCAAUCUCGACAACUCAGUGGCCAGCAUCGAGGCGAAGGCCAACGUCUGCUGUGUCAAAUUCAGCCCAACCUCCAGGUAUCAUCUGGCGUUUGGCUGUGCAGACCACUGCGUCCACUACUACGAUCUACGCAACACCAAGCAGCCAAUCAUGGUGUUCAAAGGCCACAGGAAGGCGGUGUCCUACGCCAAGUUUGUCAAUGGAGAGGAAAUAGUCUCUGCCUCAACAGACAGUCAGCUGAAGCUGUGGAACGUCAACAAGCCUCACUGCCUGCGCUCCUUCAAGGGUCACAUCAAUGAGAAGAACUUUGUGGGCCUGGCCUCCAAUGGAGACUAUGUUGCCUGCGGCAGUGAAAACAACUCCCUGUACCUGUACUACAAAGGACUUUCCAAGACGCUGUUAACGUUCAAGUUUGACACGGUGAAGAGCGUCCUGGACAAGGACAAGAAGGAAGACGACACCAACGAGUUUGUUAGUGCCGUCUGCUGGAGAGCCAUGCCUGACGGAGAGUCAAAUGUACUGAUUGCUGCAAACAGUCAAGGAACAAUUAAGGUGCUCGAGCUCGUCUGAAGGCCCGUCAUAUCUCCAGCGUGUGAUGGAGGCGUCCUCAACCUUUCUGCUGGGUAAGAGGAUCAGAGUGAUGCAGCAAGAGCUCCGGCUGCCUGCUGAAAACUGUGGAUAUCUGAAAACAGCAGGAGAGCUUGAAAUAAACCGCCAUUAUUUUAAUGAGCUGCACAUGUUUUGUUCACAAGGCUGUACAGACUUUGGGAGCAGUGCAUCCGUAUAGCAGGAGAAGAUGUGCUGCUGUUUAACAGCAAAAAAACCCCAGAAGAGCGAGCGUGGGCACGAACGGAACAAGAGACUUUUUCUUUUUUUUUACAAAGCAUUUUGUUUGUUUUCAUUAAAGUUAUAUAUCAGCUACAGUAGAACACCUCUUUAUGGUUUGAGGUCAGAUCAAAAACCUGUACCUUUUUUAAUGACGCUCGUGAAGGUACACCCAGCCAAAUGCUUCCAGUGUGAUGCAUUUUCCCUUUUAAAGGCCAAAGCACAAAACUGAACAACAUGCAGAACUAAUGUCUUCACAUGGAGCUUUUAACCCCCCCCACCUCCCCCCGCCUCAUUGUCCGUCAGCCAUCAGGUUUGUUUCCCCUCCAUGUGUCGUUUUUUUUGUGUUCUUCAGAUUGGGAGACACCAGUUUUAAUAAAUAAGACUUGAAUGUCAUUCUUAUCGUCCAUUCAUUUUCUGCUUUGAGUGUAGGAUGAGACGUGGCGAAUGAUAUACAAGCAAGACCAAUUGAUUCUGGAAACGUGGAGGAACGUCCUGAUAUUUGUGUUCUGAACAAGAUCAGAUGUGACGUGUUUGUGAUCACAUGUUUGCCAUUCUCGUUGUGUCAUUUCAGGCAUUGUCUUUCAAUGCUGCAUCAAACUGGAUUCUUUUUCCACGUCUGUGAGCCAUUUCUUUUUUGUUUUUUUUUCUUGUUGAAAAAUGAGAACCUCAAUUAAUCCGUUUUCUUAACUUUACAGUAGCAAUGACUCUUCACAUACUUGAGGUGAAAACAUCUGAUCUAAGCUGAGCUGCGUUGUAACAUCAGGUUACUGGUUACAUGUUGACAUUGAUGUCCAGAGGGAUUUGGUAAACACCGUGGAGACAAACCUAUUUUAUGAUAACUGAGUGAGAGAGAGAGGUGUUUUUGUAUUUGUAAAACUCAAUAAAUUAUUUCCAAACUA